AUGGAUGUGGCUACUUAUGUUUCAUGGAACAUUCAUAUGAUACGUUUCUUGGAUGAUGAACAAAGUUGGCGUUUGUUCCACCACAAGGUUUUCGGAGAUCAAGAUUGUCCGAACGAGCUUCGUAGUGUUGGGGAGAAAAUAGUAAAAGGAUGUGGAGGACUGCCCCUCUCAAUUGUUACUGUGGCAGGGCUUUUAUCCAGAAUUCCUAGAACUCCCAAGUGGUGGCAGCAAAUUGAGGGAAAUUAUGGGCAGUUGGGAUCAAUAUUAUCUAUGAGUUACAACCACUUGCCUCCACACUUGAGGAAGUGUUUCUUUUGUAUGGCAGCCUUCCCUCAAGAUUAUGAGAUCUGUGCCACUGAACUCAUCAAACUUUGGGUUGCUGAGGGCUUUUUGUAA